AUAUAGGGUACCUUUAUAUAAGUCGUGUACAUGUAUCUUUUACGCACUUAUAUCAAUAUACCUAUCAUACAAAUCGAGCAAGUGAUCAUCGACAAUCGUCUUACGUAGGACCAUAUCUUGUUUGCCUAGGGUGUAUUCAUGCGUGUGACGAUUCACCAAAGGCUUAUCUAUAAUACUACAGUCAACAGCGGGGUCGAAAGGGGAAUAAGCCGAAGGCCGCGAGGGCGUACGACUUAAAUAUCGGGAUCUUCUAUGUGCCUAUCUAUCUAGUAGCCAACUCUUCAAGAUCCAAGAAAUUAACAUCUUGAAUAAUACCUACCGAAGGGCACGCCUUAGGUUGGCCUUCGUUUGAAUAUAGCUCCUUACGACCCAAAGAUCCAUCUAGAAAAGAAUGCCGACUGUAGACAUUGGUGUCUUUAUCCCCAUUGGCAACAAUGGCUGGUUGAUAUCGACUACCUCGCCUCAGUACAUGCCUACCUUUGAGCUGAACAAGCAAGUUGUCCAGAAAGCCGAGGCCUAUGGCUUUGAUUUUGCGCUUUCUAUGAUCAAGCUGCGUGGAUUCGGAGGUAAAAGCGAGUUUUGGGAUCAUAAUCUAGAAAGCUUCACCCUUAUGUCCGCCCUAGCUGCUGUCACAUCAAAGAUCAAAUUAUUUGCUUCGGUGGCCGUACUUACCCUGCCCCCAGCCUUGACCGCUCGAAUGGCUACGACGAUUGACUCUGUAGCGCCUGGGAGAUUCGGAAUCAAUAUGGUCACUGGCUGGCAAUCCGCCGAGUAUACUCAAAUGGGUCUUUGGCCCGGAGACGAGUACUUCGGGUAUAGAUACGACUAUGCCACCAAGUACGUCCAAGUCAUAAAAGAGCUUUGGAAAGAAGGCGUAUCAAACUUCAAGGGUAAAUAUUUCCAGAUGGAUGACUGCAAGCUGUCCCCUCGACCAAAGGAUCUUGGUGUGGAUAUUGUCGCCGCCGGUCAAUCAGGCAGGGGAAUCGAGUUCGCUUCGAAGUAUGCGGACUACAACUUCGUGAUAGGCGCCGGAAUCAAUACCCCAGCGGCAUACGGCCAAGCGACAUCUCGUCUCGUCGAAGCAGCUGCUAAGACGGGCCGAGACGUCAGCUCAUAUGUUCUCUUUAUGGUUAUUACCGACGAAACCGACGAGGCGGCCCAGGCCAAGUGGAAAUUGUAUAACGACGGUGCUGACGCGGAUGCGUUGGCCUGGAUGAGGUCGCAGUCGUCGAAAGAUGUCAACGCAGACGCCAACUCCACAGCCAGGAGCUUGAUGCUCCCAGAAGGCGCUGUGAAUAUCAACAUGGGCACCUUGGUAGGCUCUUAUGAGAACGUUGCGAGCAUGCUGGACGAAGCCGCCUCUGUCCCAGGGACGAAGGGGAUUAUGCUUACAUUCGACGACUUUUUGCUGGGUAUAGAGACGUUUGGUCAGAAGAUACAACCGUUAAUGAAGAGCCGACAGGGAAGGGCGUAGGUAUGGUAUCAUGAUACUAAGCUAUGAAGUAUCCAAAGGGUUGAUAGCCUUGUAGGUUGCCGUGUCGUCUUAAUAUUCUCCCUUUUCAUAGUUUGUACUCUGAAGACAAGGGUGCGCAUGGGUACACAUAUGAUGGGAAAGGGAUGGUUUAUUAACCUAUACCUAUGUGGCGUUGAACAGUUACCGCUCAUUCAUCAGAUAUCCGAGGCUAAGAAGCAGUAAGUUGAUGAUUAUGAAUAUAAUAUACUUAUAAUCUAGUUAUAAUCUCUUGCCUUAAACUUCUUUGCUUUACUCGCAACAUACUUCGCAUGGCAUAAGAAUAUUGGAAUUUAUAAAUAUAACUAUUUCAUAUAUUAGAGGUGGAUUGCCCAGAUGACUACUCACUUUCAUAUAAUUUAGUUAUAUAAUAUAUAUUGUCC